AUUAUCCCUCAAACAUUGAAGAAUUAGAGCAGUUUGGUGCUGAAAAGAGGGGACACAUUUGCCGGGAAGAGAGGUCCAGCAAUUCCCCAGAACUGUGCCUCGACACAAUCCUGUUUCCUGUCCAAUGAAUUGAAUUUACCACGGGUGGACUCCGAUCAAGUUGUAGAAACAUCUCAAGGAUGAUCAAUGGAAACAGGAUGCACCUGAGUUCAAUUUAAAGUCUCAUAGUCAAGGGUCUGAAUACUUAUGUAAAUAAGUCUCCACUGACCUACAAUGACCCCAUCUGUGAAAGAGCGUCUCCUGGCCGUUCUGGAUGAUCUCGGCUCUGACGAGCUGAAGAGAUUUAAGUGGUAUCUAACUACAGAAAAGCAGCUGGAUGGCUUCCCUCACAUUCCAAAGGGCCGGAUGGAGACAUCUGACGGACUGGACAUAGUGGAUCAGAUGGUGCAGAAAUACAGGGGGAAUGUGGCUGUGCAGAUCACACUGGGCAUCCUGAAGAAGAUUAGCCGCAACGAUCUCGCUGAGAAGCUAAACAGAGACUGUCCAAUAGGUCCUUCAGAUGAAGAUGGUGAGAAGUUCCAACAUGAAUAUAAACUGGAAGUAAAAAAGAAGUUUCAGCAUGUAUUCAACGGGGUACCAAAGCAGGGCCAUAAACAACUUCUCAAUGAGAUCUACACAGAGCUCUACAUCACAGAGGGGGGAAGUGGAGAGGUCAAUCAGGAACAUGAGGUGAGACAGAUCGAGAUCACGUCCAAGAAUCCAGCAAGACCAGAGGCUAAAAUCCUCUGCAAUGACAUCUUCAAACAAUCAUCUGGAAAAGACAAACGUAUCAGAACUGUGCUGACAAAGGGAGUCGCUGGCAUUGGAAAAACAGUCUCUGUGCAGAAGUUCAUUCUGGAUUGGGCUGAAGGGAAAGCCAAUCAGGAUAUCCAAUUCGUAAUUUCACUCCCUUUUCGGGAGCUGAAUUUGGUGAGGGGGGAAAAGUACAGUUUUGUUGAACUUCUACAUACAUGUGUCUUAGAGACUGGAGUGAUUGAGAGGGACUUUUUGAAUCACAUUUUAACAAAAUUGCAAAAACAAGGAAACCACAAUGAGAGCAAGUACAAAGUUGUAUUUGUCCUUGAUGGUCUGGAUGAGUGCCGACUGACCCUCGACUACGAGACCGGUAAGAGCUGGUGUGAUGUCACAGAGCCAACCUCAGUGGACGUGCUGCUGACAAACCUCAUCAAGGGAAAUCUGCUUCCCUCUGCUCUCCUCUGGAUAACCUCCAGACCUGCAGCAACCAAUCACAUCCCUCCUGAGUGUGUUGACCAGGUGACAGAGGUACGAGGGUUCAAUGACCCACAGAAGGAGGAGUAUUUCAGGAAGACAUUCAGUGAUGAGGACCUGGCCAACAGAAUCAUCUCACACGUAAAGACAUCAAGGAGCCUCCACAUCAUGUGCCACAUUCCAGUCUUCUGUUGGAUCUUAGCUUCAGUUCUGGAGCAUGUGUUGAGUUCAGAUAAGAAUGAAGAGAUGCCCAAGACUCUGACUCAAUUAUUUAUUGGGUUACUGAUAUUUCAGACCAAACAGAUGAAUGAUAAAUAUCACAAGAAAGGUGAGCGAGAUCCACGCAGGGAUAAAGAGAGCUUCCUGGCACUGGGGAAACUUGCUUUUAACCAGCUGGAAAAUGGCAACCUCAUUUUCUAUGAAGCAGACCUGAAAAAGUAUGGCAUUGAUGUCACCGAAGCCUCAGUGAACUCAGGAGUGUGUACACAGAUCUUUAGACAGGACUAUGGGCCGUACCAGAACAAGGUGUACUGCUUUGUGCAUCUGAGCGUUCAGGAGUUUCUGGCUGCGUUAUAUGUUUUCCUCUCCUUCAACAACAGCCAUGUAAACCCGAUGACCGAAGAUCGAUCCUUCAUCAGAAAAUUUCUAGUGAAGUUGAAUCCUGCCAUCACCUUCCACACGAUUGCAGUGGAUAAAGCCUUACAGAGUGAGAAUGGACACCUGGACCUGUUCCUCCGCUUCCUUCUGGGCCUCUCACUGGAGUCCAAUCAGACUCACUUACACGGCCUACUGACACAGACAAGAAGCACCAGAAGCAGCUCACGGGGCCACGAGGAAACAGUCAAGUACAUCAAGAAGAAGAUCAGGAACACUCCAUCUUCAGAGAGGUGCAUCAAUCUGUUCCACUGUCUGAAUGAACUGAAUGACCGUUCUCUAGUGGAGGAGAUCCAAAGAUACCUGAGUUCAGGAAAUCUGUCCAAAACCAAACUGUCACCUGCACAGUGGUCAGCUCUGGUCUUUGUGUUGCUGACUUCAGAAGAGGAGCUGGAUGUGUUUGACCUGAAGAAAUACUCCAGAUCAGAGGAAGGUCUUCUGAGGCUGCUGCCAGUGGUCAAAGCCUCCAGAACUGUUCUGCUUAAUGGCUGUAACCUCACUGAGAAAUGCUGUGAAGCCUUGGCCUCAGCGUUCAGCUCAACCUCCUCAAACCUGAGAGAGCUGGACCUGAGUGACAACAACCUCCAGGAUUCAGGAGUGAAGCUGCUCUCUGCUGGACUGGAGAAUCCACACUGUAAACUGGAGACCCUGAGGUUGUCACGCUGUCUGAUCACAAAGAAAGGCUGUGCUUCUCUGGCCUCAGCUCUGAGGUCCAACCCCUCCUACCUGAGAGAGCUGGACCUGAGCUACAAUAUCCCAGGAGACUCAGGAGUGAAGCAGCUCUCUGCUGGACUAGAGGAUCCACACUGGAGACUGGAGAAACUCAAUGUUGACCACCGUGGAGAGUACUGGCUGCUGAAAAAAUAUGCCUGUGAUGUCACACUGGACCCGAACACAGCAUGCAGACACCUCUCUCUGUCAGAGGGGAACAGGAAGGUGACACGGGGGAUAGAGAAGCAGCCGUAUCCUGAUCACCCAGAGAGAUUUGAGGACUGGCCACAGGUGCUGUGUAGAGAGGGUCUGACUGGGCGCUGUUACUGGGAGGCAGAGAUGAGUGGGGGAGGCGAUGACUUAGGAAUGACGUACAGAGGUAUCAACAGGACAGGAAACGCCGAUGACAGUAAGCUUGGAUGCAAUGACAAGUCCUGGAGUCUGAGCUGCUCUGAUUACGGUUACACUGCCAGGCACAAUAAGGAGAGAACUGACUUACCUGCCUCCUCCUCGUCCAACAGAGUAGGAGUGUAUCUGGACUGGCCGGCCGGCACUCUGUCCUUCUACACUCUGUCCUCCUCUGACACACUCACCCACCUACACACAUUCCACUACACAUUCACUGAGCCUCUCUAUCCAGGGUUUUGGGUAGAAAUAAACUCCUCGUUGUCCCUAUGUGAGGUCAAACACCUUUAGGGAGUAAUGGACGGAUCUUGUUGUUAUUGAUUGGUGUUUGUAAAUAAUGUUUAUUUAGUCAAAUGGUUGAUUUAGUCAAUUCUGAUUCUGUUUGAAGUCAAUAACACUGAAUGGACCUUUCCUGGUACACAUUCGGCCAGAUGAAGACAAAUAAAACUGGUUGUUUUAAAAACUG